CAUUGUGUAUAACGCGACCUGUUAUGGCCACCACUACUUCCGGGUUUCGGCAGUCUGGUCCAUAUCCACUCCUCAGUCGCGUUUUCCCAACUAUUCGCACCCAUUGUACACAAACCAACGAGGAGUUGGCGGCUGAGCACAGCAUCGAUCGAGGGCUGCUCCUUUAAGAAAGACUAAGCCUGAAUUAUCACCCCACCUCCUCCUGAUCUUCUUUACAGGGCUUUUGCGUUUUAAAAAAUCAACCCAGGAGCCGAGAGUGAUCAAAAGAAAAACGAGUGAGCUGAAUUUUUUUGUGUGCAUUUGACUAUUCACAUUAGGUGUGCUAACCCGUGGAAGCGCGGCGCGGAUCAUCAUUCAUUCCGGGCUACUUUGACAAGCCUCGGCGUUUGAUUGACAGGCGUGGUGGCAAAAAGCCAUGAGACUUCGCUAGUUUUGUUUUGAGGGGUAUUUUCAUACAAAUUUUUUUGUAAAAUAAGACUGGGGUUUCUCUCCCUAUGCCACUGCCCUGGGGAUAGCUCAGGCCCUAUUCACGGUUGCUUUGGACUGAACUUGAGCUGAAGAGGGCUGGCUUGAAUUCAUCGUUGCCUUUCUCUUGCAAGAAAUACGGAUUCUUGAAAGAUCUCGCAUUUGGAAUUUGCGUUUUUAUUUGUUCUUCACCCUGGCCUCUUAGGGGAUAUAUCCGAAGCGAAAGGAGAGAAGAAGAGAGGGACUAGAGGAGGGAUAUGGCGCAGCGGUACGAAGACUUGCCCCACUACGGGAUGGACGGGGUGGGUAUUCCCACCACCAUGUACGGCGACCCGCACGGUGCCCGCUCCAUGCAGGCCGUCCACCUCAACCACGGUCCCCAGCUACACUCACACCAGUACCCGCACACAGCCCACAGCAACGCCAUGCCGUCCAGCAUGGGCUCGUCCGUCAACGACGCCCUGAAGAGAGAUAAAGACCAGAUAUAUGGGCACCCCCUCUUCCCCCUGCUUGCACUGAUUUUUGAGAAAUGUGAAUUGGCAACUUGCACGCCCAGAGAGCCUGGAGUCGCGGGAGGAGACGUUUGUUCAUCGGAAUCUUUCAAUGAAGACAUAGCAGUGUUUGCGAAACAGAUUCGGGCAGAAAAGCCGUUAUUUUCAUCGAAUCCGGAACUGGAUAACCUGAUGAUUCAAGCCAUUCAAGUUUUACGGUUUCAUCUUCUGGAGUUGGAAAAGGUACACGAACUAUGUGACAAUUUCUGUCACCGGUACAUCAGCUGUCUGAAAGGAAAGAUGCCCAUCGACUUGGUGAUCGACGACAGAGAGGGCGGAUCAAAAUCGGACAAUGAGGAAAUAACAAGAUCAUCCGGGCCUCUUGAUCAGGUAAUGUCACAUCUCUCUCUCUCUCUCUCUCUCUCGCUCUCUCUCGCUCUCUCUCUCUCUCUCUCUCUCUCUCUCUACUGGGAAUAUUCAGUGUGGUGUCUUCUGGGUCACUUCUCCGCGAGGCGCUGUUAUUUGCAUAUGAUUAAGACCGUUUUAGAUUCCAUCGGAAUGAACAUUUCUCUGUAUAAUAUAUCCAUCAUUGGCCCAUUAAGGUUUGAUCCGGGAACCGACCCGGGGGAGAUUAGCCCGAGAAAGCAUCGCCAUAAACUUGACCUGCUUCUUGUCCAUUUUAAUUUAGCCAUCUUUCCCUUUUUCUUAUUUUCCUCCUCCUCUCUACCACCUCUGUCUUCUAUUUUUUAAUCAAAUCGAAACGUCAUCAGUACAUUUAUAUUACCACGCAGCUACUGUGGAGAGGCCAAACACGUUGUUUGAUAUCUCACCGGAGGGACUGAGACUGUGUGGGUUUAGUUGCCUUGGAUUUCCCGUUGUAGUUUACGGUUCAUUAGGUGUCUUGUCAGUAUUUUUCCUCAGACAUGAGCGCACAUUGCUUCGGCUAUAGCCCUAUUCGUGACCACUUUGUGCUUUAAAGCGCGAAUACCGAGAGAGAUUCCAUGGCACUUGCUGAAAUUACGGUUUGAGUUUGAAAGCUACAAGGCAGUAGCCUAGAUUAGGGCAAGGCAGUAGGCUAGAUUAGGGCAAGGCAGUAGGCUAGAUUAGGGCAAGGCAGUAGGCUAGAUUAGGGCAAGGCAGUAGGCUAGAUUAGGGCAAGGCAGUAGGUUAGAUUAGGGGAAUGUUUCCUUUUGUGAGUCGCGGGCAGCAGUAGCGAUAUCAGCACACCCUUCAUUAUGUGCUCCACUGGCUGCUCGCUCUCGAGGGACAUUGUAGUGCGCGCGCAGGCAUGACCCUAAUGGUCCGUAUUGCCGUUAAAUAAUGAUAACAGUAAUAAUGAUUAGAAUUAUGCAAAUCUAUAGCCCUAUCUUUUAUGCGGUGGAUUUUAGUCCAUUAAUAGCACGCUUCAUUUUGUAGCCUGAAUAGAGACACAGCUUUUCUUAUUUCACUUAACAAAAUAGGCCUAUAUUUUCGAAAGUUAUCUCUGUUAGGGGUUUUAGAGAAGAAUGAAUGAAGGCCCUCAGAGAGAUAGGCUAUGGAUACCGAUGAAGGGGGGGAAAAAACAAGUGGCCAAAUUAAAGAGAUUAGCGGGCUAGGCAGAUAUAAAAAGUAAUGAAGCGAUUAGGCUAAAUAAUUUAAAUCCGUGGACCUCCAUAUGGUUGAGUGGCCGGCUAGAGCUGGCGGUCUGUUGUAGUGCUCCGGAGAGAGUGGUAGCGAGCAGCUCCCAUGUUCUGUGGUGAAUGGCGUAGUUAGCAGGCAGUAUAGCCUAGGCAUCGUCAUUCAUGGAGGAGCUGGGACCAAAAUGGGAGCGACCCCCUGCCUGCCUCAAGCUUCCUCUCUCUCGCUCGCUCUCUCUCUCCGUCACCAGCCCCAUAUUAAUGAUUAUGCUAAUGAGGCAGAUCGCCCCGCCAGAUAACACUUCAUUUAAUUCAAAAGCAGAAUUAAAUAACAUGAUGCCAAUUGUUCACUUAAGUGUUUCUUUGAACGCGUAUUCUUUGGGGACGUUGUCAAAGACGUUGCGCCUAGAUAGUCUGAGAUAUGAGUGAAACUGUGGAAGAUAAAGAGGUAUAGAGAUAUAGGCUUCGUGAACACCCUAGGGUGUGUAGGUAUAUGAAGCACAUCGCGUUGUGCUCGCGGGCAGUGAUAUGGUUCUUUAAUUGACUUUAAGAUGAAGACAUGCCCUAUUUUAAUCUAAUGAUGGCCUUACUUAUAGCCUAAAUAUUGAGGCUAAUAUCAUAUAGGCAUAUAGGUUGACAGUGUCUCCGCUGUGAAUCGCAUUAAUAUGGCCUCUAUGUAAAAGUGUUUUGACAGAUCUGGAAUAUGUCCAUAUCAAUUAAAUUCCUGUUCAUGUGAUAUUUCAGAGCAAGAUUAUGAUACAAUACAAAGUAGUGCAGCAAUCCACUACAGCCUACAUUUGAGGCGUAUCUGCUUAAUGAUCCAUACACCACAAAUUAACUUAUCCAGAGAACGCUGAGGGGUCUUUGGCUCAAAGAUAAGACCAUUUUCAAUUAAAUGAAACUGCACUUGUUUUAUCGCGAUACUUUCCAGCUGAGCUGAAUAUAGGCUAUGUAUUUUAGUAUUUUGUAUUUCUUGUAGGACGUUUUAUGGUUUUGCGUUUGUUAGGCGGCUGUGACAUCCUUAACGGAUUAGGGCGGUGUGAGA